CCCUUAGUAUGUUACCAUGAAAACAGCAUGCUUAUUUUUGUAAAUACCUUUGACCGAGACUGGGAAAAGACCGUAGAUUUUCUGGACUUUUGGGUUUCCAGAAUUAAAAUUGGACGUGUUUUCUCUUUUUGUUUCAUAUGUAACACUGUAUCAUUUAAAUUGGACUUUUAGUCUAUGAUUCACGGUUUCACUGCCACAGAAGGGUGACAGAUUGACAGUAUGACCUUAGAACACUCCCAAACUUGGCAUUAUGAACGAGCAGAUGCCAUAAAAUCAUAAUGGUAUAUGCAUAAAUAGAUUAAAGAAGUGAAAUUAGACAAUGUUCGCGAAUCAACUUAAUAUUUUUACGAAAUAUUUAUGUCCACUUAUAUCUCCAAAGAAAAUUAUCAAGUGUAAAAUUUCUUCUAACAUUGUACGAUACCGACUAUGUUAUAAGUAUGUGUCUAGGAAUCACAAUCAAAUAUUCAGUGAGGAUACCAGGUGUUCAACAUGAGGUCAGAAAUUAUUAUCGAAAACUUUCCUUUACGAAAAAGUUGCUUAUUUUUUCAUUUAUUUGAAGACACAUUGCUCUAAUCUUUCUACAUUCUCAGCAACUAUUCGUGCCGUGUCUUAUGUUUCCAUUUAGAACUGGGAAUCUACAAUAAAUUCUUGCUCUUGAUGAAUAUGCGCCAACAAUGCAACGUUUGGUCCACAGACAUAAUUAUUUAAUGGAAUGUGCCAUAAAAUAUAAAGGAUAAAAAACAUAUGUACAAAAUAUUACGCAAUGCAAUCAUAACCUACGUUUGUCUUUUGUGGAAAGAAACAAAUAACUUCUAUAAAUACUGUCGUGUAUUUCAUAUCAUGCAUUACAGAAACACCUCAAACCAACACUGUUGUCCCUUGGCUGGUGGUUCUGUUUGUGAUCAUCAUCAUUCUUCUUAUAAUGGCUCUAUUUGUCGUAAGAAGGAAUAAACCCCACAAUAUCCUGAAAUGGAGAUACACUGUCAGUCAUUCUCCAAGCAGCACGACUGUAAUGUCCCUAAUCAAUCCUUCGUAUCAGUCGACGCCAAGAGGUUCCAGAACUCCUGAGGAUUCUGACUACCAAGAGCUAGAGCCACUGACGAAUACAGUCAGAGAGGAUGAUUACAUCACACCAAAAGAUACAGACGAUGCUUACACACUUACGUCUAGAGCCAGUCACCUUAUCUCCCCCAAUGAGUCCGGUAAUGAUGGGGGAUUUACACCUGACCGUAGUCCUCCUCCGUGUCAUGUGACAGACGAUUCACAUCCGAACACCAUGUUGUCAACAGAAGUGAUGGUGCAAGGUCUGAGACUCUACGUCGAACAGAUGAAGAGGAGUGGUGGUUUCACAACGCAGUGCUAUAACCUUCCCUGUGGCAAGCUUGGCCCCUGUGACGAAGCCGAGUUACCAGAGAAUGCUUCCAAAAACAGAUACAGAAACGUAUUACCCUAUGAUCAUUGCCGAGUAAAGCUUUCCCCUAUCUCCAACAUCCCUGGUUCCGACUACAUCAACGCUAGCUACAUAAACGGAUACGGAGAGCCACGCACAUUUGUAGCUACACAAGGACCUUAUGGGGAAGUUAUACGGGAUUUCUGGAGGAUGCUGUGGGAAAUAGAUGCCAGUAAACUAAUCAUGCUCACAAACUGUGUAGAAAACAGAAAGGCGAAGUGUCAGAAGUACUGGCCUGACUUUGGACAGCCAGGUUCCAACUACGACGAUGUCCAUGUUCAGUGUGUGGCCGAGGAGGAGAUGACGGACUACACAGUCAGGACGUUCUCUAUACACAGGGAGGCGGAGUUACCUAGGACACUGAAGCAGUACCACUUCACUGCAUGGCCAGACAAAGGAGUACCAGAGGAUGUCAGGGCGCUGGUGGACUUCCACAGACUGGUCAAGAACGCACCGUCGACUGGAAAAGGCCCAACCGUCGUCCAUUGCAGCGCUGGUAUAGGCCGGACAGGGACGUGGAUCGCUCUGGACUAUUUGAUUGGACAAGCCAAGGUGGAAGGUGUGGUAGAUGUCUUUGAUUGCAUUGCCAGGCUCCGGCACCAGCGUAUGAAUGUAAUACAGACUGAGGACCAAUACAUAUUUCUCCAUGAGGCCCUAAUGGAGGCGCUUCCAUCAUGUGACAGGAGACCCAGCCUUGUCGACAACGGUCAUGGGGAUUACGAAGUCUUGGGGAAAAGACGUCAGCCGGCAAAGAACCCAUUUUUGGAUCAAGGUGUCGUAAAUCACCAUGGCAACGACGUACUACCAGAAGAUCCCUUGCGCACCUAUGACAAACUGUUGUUAUCGCAGGGCAGAUUCAACUGAUCUUGACGACAGCCAAUCCAGUGUACGUUUCCAUAACCCUGCCAGUGGUAUCAUCCGCUGAAGACGAGAGGCCUUGACGCAUAUCCAAUCUCUUCUCUUCCAGUCUUGUCAUAAUAUAUUAUCCAAUAAUCGUUAUCGUUGUUCCUUUGAUGUUGUAACUAUUUUUUACUAAGUUUUUAAUAAUUGUUUUAUUUAAUGAAGUUAAUGGUGUGCUUCUCAGCUACAUUAAUGCAACCAUUUUGUACACAGCUGCACAUAACUUGGAAAACGUGUAACAUAUUGCCCCUGCUUGGUUUCGGUUUGUUGCCACUAGAUUUAACAGAAAUAUCCCAGCUAUAUGAAAGGGGUCUGUAAAUUUUCGAGCAUGGGCUAGACAAUCCAGCGGCUGACAUCAUGAGCAUCGAUCUACGCAUAUGGGAUACGAUGCCAAGUGUCAACCAACUCAUCAUGCCCGAUCACUCGAUCCCGUCAGUCGCCUCUUAUGACAAACAUGAGUUGCUGAGGACUCGGAACUUCACAGGGAGAAACUAGCUUGUGAAAUCAACAUGACAUAAAGAACACUAUCUAUCCACAGGAAAUUCACGCAUAUUCACAGCGUGAUGAGGUUACAGGUCGUGGCUAUCGGGCUGACUUGGGGUGAGCGUCGGUAGAAAUAUUUCCUGUCAGACUUUAGUGAAACUGAAUCUAUUUUAAAUCAAAGUUUCGUUCAAAUCACAUGCACAUAUCAAGAGUUUCUAAGGAUUAUGUUAGGAGAGUGUUGGUUUCACUCCUCUCAGUUUAGUAAUAUUGAAAUACAAGGAAAAUGUUUCUACUGAUGUCGUGAAGUGACAAAUGUGAAUUUUGAAAACAUAUUUUCUAAUGUCCAUCUUAAUGAAAAAUGAAAAAAACCAUCAGAUAAUUGUUUCAUUUUCCAUGUACAUAUGAAGCACCCGGGAAUAUUUUCGCUCUGGUUGUGUCAAGGGAAAUGCAUGGUGUUCACAAAAAGAUGAGCGCCAAAUGUGGAGCUGCUGAAAUAUUGCUUGACAUAAAGGGAAAGUUUAUUAUUGGAAAGACCCUUACCUUUUAACAAUACAUUGUGGAUCUUAAGUUUGAUGUAUAUACAUUCUCUUAACAAUAACCGACUUGAUAAAUCGACUUUUAUGUUAGUCUGUACAUAGAUCGCUAUCAAGAUGUAUAGUAAAGAUGUCUUUGUAAAUACUUCUCAGCUAUAAUAUGAAUUCAAACUUCCUGUUCGUUAUCCUGGUAGGUGUUAUAUUUGUAUAUGUUUUCUUGAAAGUUGUUGUCAUUUCAGUCAUGAUGACCCGUACCUGAUCCCAUUAACCUCAUAAAUAGGUUACUAUUUCUUGUACCCGUCGUCUCAAAAUUGGUUUGGAAAAGAGACGCGGCGCCAAGACAAUGCAUCAUUUGCUUAUAUUAAUAUAAUAUUAAUCUUAUUGAAGAGAAAUAAAUAUGUGUAGCAAGAUUGUUCAGUCCUCAAAACUACCUCCUCCUGUGUAUUCUCACGCUUGGAUCGAAGAUGCGAAAGACGAAACAGAAGCUGUUUAAUGUGGUGCGGACAUCGUUUCAGAAAAAAAACAUAUGUGUAGGUCCUGUAUCAGUAUCGGUACAUACAGGGUGCAGCAAGUUCAGCAAGAAACAAUCCAACUGCACCGUGGCAGUGGUGAAGUCAUCGGGCCAUGUGACAGCUCUUCAUAGUAAACAUGGACGAUUUUUGAAACGGACGACCACUUUUUUAUAUAAAGUUAUUUUCUAAAACAAGGCACCCCACUCUCUAAAUAAAUUCAUCAGUUACACACAGGUUAACUUUCCUUUUUUCACUUGUAUUUCCCUGGUCUAUUGGAUUUAUGUUAUUGCUGUAUUCAUACACGCAACACUGUCUGUCAUUAUCAUAAUCUUCGGGUUCUGUUGAGGUUUCGUGUUUAGAAAGAUCAUUGUUAAACUCUAGUCUAUCUGUGACAAAAGGCAUAAAAAUUCGAUGAAAUGUUUAUGAGAAUUUAUAAUUGCUAAGCCAAGCGUUUUUGAAUGAGAAACGUAGUCUAUGUUUCGAGGUUUACAGAGAUGUCAGGAAAACGUUCAUCGGGUGCUCUUUCAAUGAAGCAAUUGUUAUUUUAAAAAGUAGCAUUACACGUCUCGGACCACUUAAAAAGCAUUGUAGAAAUAUAAUAAUAAAGUGCCCUUUUCAUGUAGACUAUAUUUAAGUGUCCAAAUAUUAGAAUUCUUUUAUUUACUUAAAAACAUAAGUAUUAAGCAUAUGUUUGUGUUGGAAUUUUUUUAAAUGUCGAU